ACUGGGACAGAACAGCUGAGCCUGAAACCCGCCGUGUCCCCGUCACUGUGUCCCGCUCCGGAAUCAUCAUGUCCCGCCGCUCCGUGGAGGCUCUGAGCCUGCUGCUGGCGCUGCUGCUGCCGCUGCAAGUCCUGUCCCAGGAGUUUGACCUGGCCGAUGCCCUGGGUCCUGUUGUCACCAAACCACCCACGACGACUGUGAAGCCAGGAGUGCCGGCAGGUGGAGCAGGAGGAGACUUGUCUUUGGACGAUUUCUUCAACGGUGGAGAUGCUGUCGUCACCACCACCACCACCAAAGCCCCACCCAAGGUGCUGCCGAAGGCCACCACCAAGGCUCCAGCCAAGCCCAAGCCCAAGACAGUUGGUGCCGACUUUGACCUGUCAGAUGCCUUGAACCCAGACAACGACAUUCGCGGCCGAGAUAAGAACAAGAAGAAGGGAGGGAGUGAAUUUUCCGAUGACGAUCUGGCCGCCGUCGGCGACGACAACACCUACAAACCCGACAAAGGCAAAGGCGGGCGUCCCAAAGCCGACGAUCCCAUCGAUCAAUACGACGACAACAGCGAGACCACGGCGGAAGUGGGCACCAUUGCAGGGAUCGCUAGUGCGGUUGCCAUGGCGCUGGUGGGAGCCGUCACCAGUUACAUCUCCUACCAGAAGAAGAAGUUUUGCUUCAGUAUACAACAGAGCCUGAACGCCGACAUGACCAAGGCUGAGAACCCUGAAGCGGUGGUGGCAUCAGAACCACAAGUUCAACAAACUCUCCUGGAGCACCCCAAAGCUGAGCCUCCCGCUGCAGCCAACGUUGUGUAGCGCACACACACGUACACGUGCACACAUACACACACACACACACACACACGCACACACAAGGCCUUCUCCGUAGUUAAUCCGAGCUGUGAAUGUACACGGCAGUCCAUGACACCUUCAGGGUUGUGAUCAAUGUGCUCGUUAUCUGUUCCUCUCCGUCUCCGGCUCCAGACUGUUGGACUGUCACUGCUGCUCCUCACAGAACUUUCUAGAAGCUCCUCUCCAUCGCCUUCAACCCACUCCUUCACGGUCUUCAUCUGAACACUGCAAACGCUCAGAAAGGGUUUGCAGAAGACGUCAAACUGUUACCGGGAAUAAAAGCAACAUAGAUGCCAAACAGGGCAUGAGUGUUGAAGCUUCGUCCCCUCGUGAUUGAUCGGUUUGUGUUCAUCAAGGACGACACUGUGAAGUCCGCUGGUCUCCACCAGUCACCUGCCGGCGGGGCGGGACCUCGGCCUCGGCUGCAGGUGACGCCGACAGCCCUGGAACCGCGCAACUGCCAUCGUGGUCCAGUUUACAACCGGACCGUGUCUGGACUCGUUUAUCCGGACUUGUUUAUCGGCACUUGUUUAUCCGGACUUGUUUACCUGGACUUGUUUAUCAGGACUUGUGCGUCUGAAAUUGUUUGUCUGGACUUGUGUGUCCGGACUUUUUUGUCCGGACUUGCGUGUCCGGACUUUUGUGUCUGGACUUGUUUGUUCGGACUUGUGUGUCCAGAGUUACGUGUCAUGACUUGUUUGUCUGGACUUUUUUGUCCGGAGUUACGUGUCCGGAGUUACGUGUCCGGACUUGCGUUUCUGGACUUGUUUGUCCGGACUUGCGUGUCUGGACCUGCGUGACUUGCGUGUCCGGACACACAAGUUGCGUGUCCGGACUUGUGUGUCCGGACUUUUUUGUCCGGACUUGCGUUUCCGGACUUGUUUGUUCGGACUUGCGUUUCCGGACUUGUGUGUCCGGACACGCAAGUUGCGUGUCCGGACUUGUGUGUCCGGACUUGUGUGUCCGGACUUGUUUGUUCGGACUUGCGUUUCCGGACUUGUGUGUCCGGACACGCAAGUUGCGUGUCCGGACUUGUGUGUCCGGACUUUUUUGUCCGGACUUUUUUGUCCGGACUUGCGUUUCCGGACUUGCGUGUCCGGACUUGUUUGUUCGGACUUGCGUUUCCGGACUUGUGUGUCCGGACUUGUUUGUUCGGACUUGCGUGUCCGGACUUGUUUGUUCGGACUUUUGUGUCCGGACUUUUGUGUCUGGACUUGUUUAUUUAGACUUGUGUGUCUUCUCUAAAGUCCCUCGGAGGACGGACAGAUAAGCCGGAGUAACUUGUUCACCAAGGACAGCUGUGCAGUGGCCAUAUUCUGCUGAGUUCCCGUGUUUUGAGUCCAGUCCGGCGACUCUGGACUCUGCAGGACGCCAGGACCCUGAAUCCUUCCUGAAUCAGGCCUGUCCGACUGAACGAUGUCGUCCGACUGAACGAUGUCGUCCGACUGAGCGAUGUCGUCCGACUGAACGAUGUCGUCCAACAGGAUGUAGGCGGCAUACGAAGCGGUAAACUAACAGAGUUUUGCGGUGAAGAUGCUUAAAAACCUGGUUAAUGAAAGUGUCCUCCGUGAAGGGUUAUUAACGAGGCCGGACUGUAGACGAUAACGUUUCACAGCCAAAAACACGUAGCUGCAAACGUCCCAGAAGCAUAAAUACUAUAUUGGCCCGAAUAUAAGACGGUGUUUUUUGCAUUGAAAAUAAGAGAAGAGAUAACAGAAAAUGGAGAAACGUAGCGACAAUCUGGAGAAAAGUGGGUGGAAGAUCGGCAGGUUAACCAGCAGUUGAGGAGAAGUUAUGAUGCAAACUUCAAGAUGAUGAUUUGAAUGAGGCAAAAUAACAUGCUUUUUUUCUCGAUUAUAUUGUUAUAAUCAUUUGUUUCAGAUGUACUGUCAUUAUUUUCUGUAUAAAAAUUGAAUUUGGUGUUCAAAAAGUCUUUUUUCAAACUUGAGUCUUGAAAAAGAGGGGGUUGUCUUAUAAUCAGGGUCGUCUUAUAUUCGGGCCGAUACGGUAAGACAACAAUAGUAACACAACUUUUAAAGCGACUGAAGCCGGAUCUGAACCACCUGACCUGGAUAUUACAAGAAAACAAGUUCUGCCCUCAGUGAUGUCACAGAGAGCCAGUUUAAAAAAAAAAAAAAAAAAACUCCACAUGGAAGUGUUCCUCUGCACCAAGGAAACGGAGGAGUUUGUGAAAUACAUCAGUUUUGAGCGUCGCUAACACUUAACGCCAUGAUAACAGAAGAACACGUCGGAAAACACGGGAAGCAAAAUAUGGCCACUCCCAGAAAUAAAACCUGAACUCGACCUUUUUGGUGACUGUGUGAUGUCAUGAGUCACAUGUUCACGCAUUUAAACACUGAAACACCCCGACUGCAGAAACGCAAUGAGAUGCGAGCCAGGAACGUUCCAGAUCCUCAUUCACACCGUCAAGGGUUUUACUGUGGUCGGUGCCUCGUCGGCAGACAGAUGUUACCGUCCGUCAGCACAUAUGUUCCUGCAGCGCUUCUGUGCCAUGCUGCUGCUGCUGCUCUGAAGUGAGCAGAGGAACUUCCUGUUGUACAUUUAAGUUGAUAAACGUCUUCAAACUGUAAGUAAUCCGAUCACUAUAAUGGCGCUUUUCCACUAGUACCUACUCAGCCCGACUCGACUCACCUCGGUUCUUUUCCACUAGGGGUCUAACGUGCCGAGUAGAUACUUUUUCUGUAACUACUCUGCCGAGGUUGUAAGCGGCUGAGUCGGGCUGUGAUGUCAUCACAUUACAGGCCACCGAUUGGUCGGGGGGUUGGAGUCAGACGUCUGAGUCAGGAGGAGGAAAUCAGCGAAAGAGCGACUCUGACGUGGCUUUUUCUUAAUUCUAUUCGACCAGCGCAAAAGUCUGGUUCAUGAUCCAACUCUGAGGUGCAGAUGUUCAUAAACCUCUCUUAAAAAAGAGAAUUAAAAAGGGAUCUAGACGGGCGAUAAGGAAUGACCAGAUCUACCAGGAGCUCUGUCACUUCAUAGCUGCUCGCGACUACCAACGGACUUUUCAGCAGCGCAGAGAAGAAAAAAAAAAAGCGUCGACACUUGAAGUUUCUCUCACUCUCAUUUUUUAACUUGAUAUCGAACACAAGUCACAGACCCAGCAGCACAUCUAUCAUCUCCUCCAGGUUCUACAUCUUUAGUGUUGUUGUCUUCUUCGUUUAGAUCACACUAUCAAAUACAUCAUAGUAGCUUCACUCCAACCUCCUACUUCUGCUCCAGGUGCUGAAUUGUUAUGGAAAAGAAAACAGCCCGAGUUGAGAUGAGCCGAGCUGAGUUGAGUCGAGCUGAGAAGGUUCUAGUGGAAAAGCGCCAUAAUCACCAGAGGCAAUUCCUCACAAAAUGAACAAACGCAUAAAGAUGGAGUGGUGGGGCUCGUCUUCGACUCACCUGGAUGGUCAGUCUGAAACUGGUGGAUCCAGCUCUGCCCGCCACACCAACCUCUGCAGCUUCUCUGUAGCGUUAACCGGAUUACUUUAAUCAGACUACUAUAGUCGGAUUACUUUAGUCAGAUUACUUUAAUCGGUUUACCUGGAUCAGAUAACGCUAUUCAGGUCUGGGACAGCUCCAACUGUAAUUAAAGUAACCAGCACUUUGAAAGAUCUUUCCGCGGUUUAAAUCUUCCGCACCAACGCUGGAUUGUAAACUGUUUUCUUGUGUAGCGUCUUUAUCCGUCACCGCGGAUCCUCUCCUCUUCAUGGGUGUUUUUUGAUGCAAUAGAAGUGUAGAUGUUUGCAGUUGUGAUGUUGUGACGGUUGUACGUACGACUGCCAGUAGUUAAGUGUGUAAAGCAGAUCAAUAAUCCUGAUUACUCUUGGUGUGUUUUUAUGUUUCUCACUAGAUCUUCUCAGAAGGUAUAGACUUUUUAAACCUUUUUCACGUCUGAGCUUCUUGCUGGUUUGUGGACUGCUUGUUGUGCAGCUUAUUGAUCCUGAAUGUCCCUGAAUCAAAGCGUCUCACUUGGAGACAGAUGCCUUUCAGCUAGUUUCUAAAUCAGCUUUUCAAUGGCUCCCAGAGUGGAUUGAAACUCUCAGCUUCAGAUAAAACUUGAAUAAAUGUGCUCGUGUCGUGUCGUGUCUGGUAGAAGAUGGUAGAGUGAUGUUUGAAGUGGUUGCAGUUGCUGUGGAGACUCUCCAACGAGGUUCUUCUGUGCCGAAACAUCACUUCCUGUUUGUAACAAGCUCAGGUGGGCGGGGCCUUAAACCCGUGGGCGGGGCCAGACGGGCUCCAGUCAGAUGGAAUCACCCAAAUGUCGUGUUGCAAAAAAACAUUUGAUUUAUAGCAAAAACAUGAUUCCACCAAAGAGCAGCUGCAGAAAACCACUUCCCGGGGAAGAAACCGGUUUAUUGGAGCUCCACCUGACGGAGACUCAGGAUAAUCAAUCAACUGAGUCCAGUUCACCUGAGCAGAAUAUUCAGAACACAACAGCAGCAGCCAGGCCACAUACUGACCUGUCACGUCACCUUUGAUGCCUUAUACAGCCCGAGGCAGGAGAAGCUGGAUGAUUUGAAAUUAAGAUAAAUAAAAGAGGAAGUUCACGUUUUCUCUUUUAGACCCGUUUUAGCGUUUCAGGUCAGAAACUACAGAAGAGUAUUAAGGCCAUGCAGGAGAAAAAAUAUUUGAGAGGGGAAGAUUUUUUUUUAUUGUGCACUUCGAGAAAAAAGUCAAAAUGU